UGUCCUUUAAUUACUGCGAUUUGUGGGCUUUAAUCCAGGAUUUCUCCAUGACAGACCUUCAUUUUAUAGGAUGACUUCCAACAUUAUUUUAGAAGAGUUUCUUUUUAAAAAAUCUCAACAGAAGAGGAGAACCUCACCUUGUAAUUAUAAAGAAAGAUAUUUUAUUCUGAGGAAGGAUGAGCUGGCAUAUUAUGAAUAUCGGCAUGGCAAAAAGCCCACCCUUAAAGGCUCCAUAGAACUGUCAAGAAUCAAAUGCGUGGAGAUUGUGAGGAGUGACGUUCACAUUCCCUGUAGCUUCAAAUACCCCUUCCAGGUUGUCCACGACAAUUACUGCUUAUAUGUUUUUGCACCAGAUAAAGACACGCAGCAGAAGUGGGUAUGGGCCCUGAAAGAAGAAACAAAACACAAUAAUCUUCUUAACAAGUACCAUCCAAAUUUUUGGGUGGAUGGAAGAUGGAGAUGCUGUUCUCAGACUGAAAAGCUGGCCGCCGGCUGUGUGGAAUACGACCCAACCAAAAACGGCUCUAAGAAGCCAUUGCCACCAACACCAAAAGACAACCGUAGACAGUUUUCUGACCCAGGAUCGAUGGUGGUGGUUGCUCUUUACGACUUUAUUCCUCAAGGUGCCAGUGACCUGAUGCUGCAUAGACAAGAGGAGUACAUUGUGACAGACCAGUCGGAUCCCAACUGGUGGAUUGCUCAGGACAAGAAUGGACAAAGUGGCUAUAUACCCAGCAGCUUUGUUAUUGAGAAGUCCCCUGACAACUUAGAGGCUUUUGGGUGGUUCAACAAAAACAUCAGCAGAGCAAAGGCGGAGCAGCUGCUCUUUCAGGAGGACAAAGAAGGAGCUUUCAUUGUGAGAAAUUCCAGACAGGCUGGAGUCUACACAGUGUCGGUGCUCACAAAAGCACUGGGCUCAACUGGAGAAAACCACCCAAAAGUGAAGCAUUAUCACAUCCGGGAGACGCUGACAGAUGAGCCGAAGUAUUACUUGGCGGAGAGAUACGUCUUCAACUCGAUUCCAGAUCUCAUCCAUUACCAUCAACACAAUGCAGCAGGUCUCAUAACCAGACUAAGGCACCCCGUUUCAGGAGGCAGAGAAAAGGCCCCGGCUACAGCCGGCUUCAGUUACGGUAAAUGGGAGAUUGAAUCAGCAGAGCUGAGCUUCAUUGAGGAGGUGGGCAGUGGCCAGUUUGGCGUGGUUCAGCUUGGGUAUUGGAAUGGCAACUCUAAAGUAGCCAUCAAGAUGAUAAAGGAAGGAGCAAUGUCCGAAGAGGACUUCAGGGAAGAGGCUAAAAUCAUGAUGAGGCUGUCUCAUCCCAAGUUGGUCCAGCUACAUGGAGUUUGCACUCAGGAAACCUCAAUGUACCUGGUGUUUGAAUUCAUGGAUCAUGGCUGUCUGUCCGACUACCUGAGAAAUCACAAGGGCAACAUUUCCAGGGAGACCCUGCUGGGCAUGUGUUUGGAUGUGUGUGAAGGCAUGGCUUACCUGGAACGAGCAAACUUCAUCCACAGAGAUCUGGCUGCCAGAAACUGCUUAGUUGGAGAAAACCACGAAGUGAAAGUGUCAGACUUUGGGAUGACCAGGUUUGUCCUGGAUGAUCAGUACACAAGCUCCCUGGGUUCAAAGUUUCCAGUGAAGUGGUCAGCGCCUGAGGUCAUCCAAUAUUCCAAAUUCAGCAGCAAGUCUGAUGUAUGGUCCUUUGGUGUUGUAAUGUGGGAAGUCUUCAGUGAAGGGAAAAUGCCAUAUGAGAACCGCUCAAACGGAGAAGUGGUGGAAGCCGUUGCAGCCGGGCAGAGACUUCUGAGACCCAAACUGGCAUCUGACUUUAUCUACCAGCUAAUGGAGUGGUGCUGGAAGGAGCGACCAGAAGAUCGACCGUCCUUUACUAUUCUCUUCCACGAGCUGGCAGAACUGGCUGAUUUAUGAGUGGUGAAAUGCCACCUCACUUUUGGGCAACUCUCACAAGAUCAACACAUAUCUGAACGAGUGGCAGCCAUUAAGGAUGUGCACUGCCAGCCAGAGCUCUGUGCUCAUUUACUUCCAUCAGUGCAUUUGCAUUAAUAUUUAAUUUGAACUGUAUGUGUGUGUAAUGCAGGAUGUUUGUCUGCAGAGGGCAGCAGAGAGUUGCCUUCAAGUUGUGGUUCAGCAGAGAGCAGCCACAUGGCUGUGGAAUCAGUGCGGUGGGCACGGUGCCCUGUGUCGAGGCUCCAUAAGAGAUGUUGGGCAAUCCUGAUAUUUGUCAAGUGAACACCUCAACUCUCUGGGGAAGAAGGUUUGAGGGCCAGCAUUCCAAAACAGAGGUAAUACUUCACCCAGAGUUCAUUAGUAUGCCUUCAGAGCGCUCAUUUGUGUUCUUUGUCCCUUAAAAUGGUGGGUAAGCUAACAACCAGCUGUUUUUAAAUAUAUUUUUUUAAUAUGUUAGUGAAAUCAACAGCUUCUAUUGCUUGUUAUCUGCUUAAUGAUACGUUAGUUGAGUUAAAGAAAUGAAGAGAGGAGAAGACAAGAAGGCUUUCUUUACGGAUAGGGAGCUAGAAGUCAGAGAUUACGCUCUCGAGUAGGUCCGCUUCUGUGAAGCAUCUCAGCAACGUGUCCCAGUUUUAUGGGGUGAAUGAAAUUAUAAAGAUGGUAUUGUUAUUGAACACAAAUUAUUUAUAGCAGGAGUCAGCACCUUUUCAGCAGUGUCGUGCCGAACCUAUGGUACAAUGUUAUUCGCGUGCUGUCAUAAUUCUACCAAUUUUGUUAUAUAUAGUAUCAAAAUGAGUCUGGUUAUAAUGGGCUUCAAAAUAUUAUAUAUAUUAUAACCAGAUCUUAUAUUAUUGGCCAUUCAGUCAGUCAUACGACCCGCUAUAUCCUAACAUAGGGUCACGGGGGGUCUGCUAGAGCCAAUUC